UACCCAAAUCGGACCCCAGGAGUUGAUAGCAACCAUGGGCAACGACACCGACACCGAUCACAAGGGGCCUAAAACCCCAGUCACCCCCAUGUCAGUUGAUCCAGAUGCAGUCACGAAGAGCUCUCUACAAGCUAUUGAGUGGGCGGAUCAGCGUAGGGUCAUGGACAUUGUGGACAAGCUUCGUCGCACCGGUUUGAGCGGAGUGGUGGAACUGCCUCAGCUCAUUGUGUGCGGUGAUCAGUCGUCUGGGAAGACGAAAUUCAAGGGGUUCACCAAGUCGAUCCAGAACUUUGAUCAGCUCCCGGAUGUGAUUGAAGAAGCGACUCUCGCCAUGGGCCUAGGUUUUGUAGGCGGUAUCAGCUCCAGAGCGUUUUCUCGCGAUGUGCUGUCUGUUGAGAUUACGGGUCCUAGUAGGCCUCAGCUGACUCUUGUUGAUCUUCCUGAUCUUAUUCAUGCGACAAACAAGGCCCAGACGGAAGCGGACAAGGAACUGAUUCUGGACCUCGUUAGCCAGUACAUGAAGAACCCGCGCACCAUCGUCCUGGCUGUAGUGAGUGCAAAGAACAACUUCGCCAACCAAAUCAUCCUCGAUCACUGUCGCAAGAUCGAUGAGCAAGGCCGUCGCACUCUCGCCAUCAUCACCAAACCAGACUUUCUUCGCGAGGGCACCGACAACGAACUGCCUCGCGAAUGCAUAGGCAUCACCUCCCUCCACGAGCGUCUCAGCAAAGUUCUACUACACCACCUAAUCCGAGAGCUACCAUCACUCAAGGAAGAAAUGAUGACCAAGUACCGCGCCACACUGGAUGAAAUAUCCAAUCUGGGCGAAAAACGCAACACCAGCUAUGAACAACGAGUAUUCCUCAUGAAAAUUAGCAUGAAAGUAAACGAUAUCUUGAAAUCAGCUACAAAGGGGUAUUACGAGUCGCCCUUCUUCGGGACCAUCAACAAAGACGCCGCCGUCGACUCUUCAGAAAACAUCCGUAGAUUCCGCGCCGUGGUCCAGCACCUCAACAUGGGUUUCGCAAAGGACAUGCGACUUCGCGGCCACGUGGGUGAAAAAAAAACACUCGAGCGCUCCCGCGGCUACGAACUCCCCGGUACCUUUCAACCCGUGCUCAUAUCCCGGCUCUUCUGGGAGCAAUCCUUACCCUGGGAGGGUCUCGCGUCGCUGCACAUAUCCAACGUGGCGCAAGUGUGCCGCGACUUCAUCGACGUGGUACUUGCCGACUGCGUCCCGGAGGAGUUCAAGGAGCGGCUUGUAGCACUGAAUGUGGAUGCGGCGCUGAGCAAGUCGCUGGGGGAUGCGAAGGAGGAGUUGGCCAAGGUGAUAAGAGAUAAGGCGAGGCAUCUGUCGACGUAUAAUCGUUAUUUUACGUCGACGAUUCAGAAGAUGCGGCUCAGGAAGCAUCAGGCGCUUACCAAGGCUGCGACAUCUGCCUCGGAGAAGGCCGAGGAUUACAAUGAUGACAAUACUCGUUAUUUUGUUGAUCCGGUUGAGUUGGCGGCGCAGUUGGAGCAGUCGAUCGAGUUGGAUAUAGAUACUUUUUCGAGCCAGGAGGCGCUGGAUAUGCAGCGGGCGUAUUAUAAGGAUGAGUUGGGGUACUUCAUCAAUACUGUCGCAAAGUCGGUUAUCGAGCGGCAUUUGGUGGAGCCGCUACCUGAGAUCAUCCUCUCUCCGCUGGUGGUGACACAGAUGACAGAUGAGCAGGUUGAGUAUGUGGCUGCUGAGCCUCUCGAGUUGACUCAGUAG